CCCCCAGUCCCAAGCCCAAGCCCGAGCCCACGCCCACGAGUCGCUGCAGCGCGCCGGCUUGACACCUACGCUCGCUGGCCGCACGAUCCACGCAAGGAGCAAAACACCGUCGUGGACCGCCCGAAAGAGCAGCACCACCCCGCCGCACCGCACCGCACCGCGCGCGCCCGCCAGCAAUCAGCACUCGCUUGCUUGCUAUGCGCCCAACCUCUCCCGCACGACACACGCACCGCUCCUGAAGACACCGCCCACGUACGCAAUGGACCAGGGCACCAACAGCCGCGUCAACAGCAUCCAGCGCGGCGAGCGUGUCUCGCGGCGCGGCUCCGGCUCCGCGCGAGGGAAGCAGCGCAACGUCUCCGCCCAAGACGCCUAUCUCUACGCCCUCCGCGCAGCAUACCUCGCAUAUCUGCUGCAGCCGCGCCAGAAACGAGUCCAGCAUGUCGCCGCCGCCCCCAAACCCGUGCAGCGGUCGUCGACCUCUGUCAACGACCUCAUGAAGGACUUCUCCCUGAUCCGCGACUCCAAGAGCACACGAUUCCCCAAAGACUUUAUGAGCGAGCUGGACAAGCGGAUAACGGGCGUGCUCGUCGGCACCGAGCGCAUGCCCGAGUACAAGGAUGCCACCGUGAAGCGGACCUUUGCAGUCUUCCUGAACGAGUUCAAGAAGCCGCAGUUUCGAAAGUCCAUGGAGAAGGACCGCAGAGUCGAGGACCUGCUGCUCAUCUUCUUCUCCAACGCGACCAAAGAGCUGUCCAAGGGCAAGCCCCCGGGCGACGACAGCUGGAAACUCAUGGUGGACCGCCACGUUGCACUCUUCAUCCGCCUACUCAGCUCGACGCUGCGAAACCACGACUGGGCACGCGACCGCCCAGAAUUGAUGACCCGACUGCAGACAAUGGAGAAGAAGCUCUUGAUGCAUGACCAAGAUCUGGCUUCAGAGGCUCAGCGCAAUGGUGGACAAGGGGGCUCCACGAUUGAGGUAGAGGUCCCACGCAGCUAUGAGGUGAAGGACAUGCCCCUGGUCCUGGUAGUUUCCCGCAUAUUCGCCAUAUCCUAUCAGGAUGUGCAGAAUGAUAUCAAUCGAUACAAGUCUGUAUGGACAGAGAAGGCGGCACUGCAAGACCUCAAGACGUACCAAGCUCAUCUUAGUUUGAUGAGCAGCAAAACCUUGAACAGCGACGACUUUGACCUCGAUGAUGCAUAUCAAGCCUGGCGCCAUCAAGAGGUUCAGGAUCUGUCGCAAAUGAUACUCGCCAUCGUGCAGUCGAACCCCGAACUAGCCAAGAGUACCCCUGGUGGCUCUGUGCCUCAAUUCAAACCAAACGCUCCGCACGAAAGUGCGUACCAUGAUCCUACAAGACGUGAUUCGAACGCAACCCAAAACGCAUCCUCAUAUGUCAUCGACCAGCCCGUGGAUAUGAGUGGCCUCAGCUUACAGGAUAGUGGCGAACACGAAAUGCCCUUCACAUUCAUACCAUCGGACACACGAGCAUACUAUCGUGCUAUAUUGAAGGAGGCACUCUCGUACGAUAUAGCAGACGCCCAAUUGCAACCGUCUGAGGCGACGAGCGACGUUCCCUCUUUCAAAUUACUGUCCAAACAGUCUACCGAGCUACUGACCGAGAUAGCGUUGCGAUGGCGACUGCCACAAUUUUCAAGAUUGGUCCUCUUCCUCGACGUGGUCAAGGAGAAGUACGAGAACCAGGAAGUCGACCUAGACACCUUGGAUGCUGCGUUCAACUACGCCAAGGAGCCACCGCCGACGGACAAGAAGUCACACCGUCUCAGUCAAGUACAGGUUUCUGACUCGCUAUUCGACAGCUCGAAGUGGACCGUACAUGACUACGCCCUCAAACAACAUAUCCUAACAGUACUUCACGAUUGUUUGCUUCGCGAGUUGUACGAGACACUGCUCCUCGUCUACGAGGCCAAGGCACCGCCAUUGGGGCCAAUUAUGUACGUGCUGACUACCCACAUUUACGAGGACAAUCUUUUCCAAGAUAACCCGGAAGCAAUGGACCGGUAUACUGAGGAGCUGAAAAAAGCGCUCCGUGAGAAGGCUACCGACAAAUACCACGACCUCUUUGCGAAACACAUCCCGGAAACGAAGGAAGAGUGGGAGUUCUUUCAUGUCAUCGAGCUCGGGCGAGCUGUGGUGAAGCUCUGUGAGAAGAUACAGAAACGCUACAAGAAGAAUCCUCAGAUUAUGGGUGUCAGCCCCAUGAUGUGCCUAGUAGAAGAGAUGUUCCCCGCAUACGCAGGAGAUGCGAGGGACCUGGUGUCACGAAUCCUGGACGUUGCCCACGAAAACGGCCAGGACGUCCCAGUCGAUGACGGUUUCGAGCUGUACAAGGAGCUUGUCGAAAUCAGGAGAAUUCAUGGCGAUGCUCUUCCGAACCGUAAAUUUGCUUUCCACAUCGAGGGCCUGUUGCAGGAGUUUGUGUGGAGAUGGAUUGAACGGACUGACGCAAGCCUCAUUGGCUGGGUCGAAAAUGCCUUCAAAGCGGACAAGUUCCUGAUCGAGUCUCCAAACCCCGUGCCGAUGGACGAUGAACGCCACAGCGUGUCUGUUGUUGACAUAUUCCGCUCCUUCAAACAAAGCAUCGAUCAGAUCGUCUCUUUGAAUUGGGAUGAUGACCUCCAAUACGCAAAGUUCAUGACCUCAAUCUCCAAGUCCAUAGGAAUAGGCUUAGCGAGAUACUGUGAGCUCCUAGAACAGAAGUUUGCUCGGGAGAUGGAUCGCAUGACUCCUGAACAAGAAGCUGCAGCCCGUCAGACGCGACAAGAAAAGUGGCUAUCCAUGGCAAAAGACCUAUACAACCAGAAAGAGAAGAUUGAACCAUUCAACUUCUACCCAGGGUCUUUGAUCAAGCUGAACAACGUCGAAUACGCCAUGUUACAGUUGGAUAAGCUGGAGAGGGAAAUCAACGUAGAUGCAUGUGCCGAAGUCAUCAAUAAGUAUGCCCCGCCACCCCAGCAGCGCAUCCGCAACAACAACUAUGUCUUUACCAUCAAAAUUAUUGAAGCGGAGGACCUCAAGGCGUGUGACAUCAACGGUCUCAGUGACCCUUAUGUCGUCCUCGGCGACGAGUACCAGAAACGUCUCGCAAAGACGCGCGUCAUAUAUGGUAACCUCAAUCCACGAUGGGACGAGACAAUUGAUAUCACCACCAACGGACCUCUGAAUAUCAUCGCGACAAUCUGGGACUGGGACACUCUUGGCGACCACGAUUGCGUUGGGCGAACGUCGCUCAAGUUAGAUCCCUCCCAUUUCAGGGACUUUAUGCCUCGCGAGUAUUGGCUGGAUCUGGAUACGCAAGGUCGAUUGCUCCUUCGAGUUAGUAUGGAAGGAGAACGAGACGAUAUUCAGUUCUACUUUGGUAAAGCGUUCAGGACGCUUAAGAGGACUGAGCGCGAGAUGACGCGAACAAUCACUGACAAGCUCUCCGCAUUCAUCAACCACAGCUUGUCGCGCAGAGCUCUCAAGGCCAUGCUUAGCGGUGGUUUGUCCGUAUCGUCAGUCACCAGCUUCUUCCGCACGGGGAACCGUCCGCAAUCGGUCAUACAAGCACCGACGCAGCAAGAUGUUACCAGAGCUCUUGGGCCGCUGUUCGACUACUUCAACGAGAAUUUUGCCUUGAUGAAACAGACAUUGACAGACCCGGCGAUGAUUAUGGUCAUGACGAGACUGUGGAAGGAAGUGUUGGCGACUAUCGAAGCUCUGCUCGUUCCUCCGCUGAGCGACAAGUUGAGUCAACAGCGACCGCUAACGCGACAAGAGGUCGAUAUCGUGUUUAAGUGGCUUCAGCUAUUGUUUGACUUCUUCCAUGCUGCAGACGAAGAUGGAAACUCUGAUGGUGUUCCCAUCGAUGUGCUCAAGUCACCCAAGUACCACGAGCUUCAAAACCUCAAUUUCUUCUAUUUCGAAUCGACCGACGAUCUUAUCCGGACGUCAGAAGGCAUGGCUGCUGCCACUCAAAUCCGUCAACAAGAACAGGCCGCGCGUAUGAAUAGAUUAUCAGCUCCGGCAUCUAUGGGACACCAGUUUGGUGGUGCAGCGGGCUUGGUCGGCAUGCCGUCGCGUAAGCACAAAACCAUCAUGCUUUCUCGCAACCUGGGCACCAUGCGCCAAGCCAAGAUAGAGAAGAGAAAGGAGGCACAGGCAGAUCCCAGCGAUGAUAUGAUUCUGCGCAUUUUGAGAAUGCGACCCGAGGCGGAGAGGUACUUGCGUGACAGGAGUCGCCAGAAGGAACGUCUUGCAGCGGCGCAGGCCGCCGAAAUGAUUGUACGACAGAGCCUGAAUGCCGGCGGCGGGCGCAUGACAAGCGCAGGCAUGGGCAUUGGAGGGCCGCGACGAUAGAAUCGCCGACCUACACGGCCGUCGAUAUCGUUGACGUCGCCGCCCAAAGUUUCCUAUUCGUCUAAAGCGGAACGCAAUGUUACGGUCUAAAGGGCUGGCUUUCAUACUUGGUUUAUUGAUUAUGCAAAUGAUACCUCUGCAUCAUUGUUAUGGGUUAGCGGGGUAUUGGGGUUCUGGUGGUUGGCGUAAUUUUCUUUGGGUGCGGUGGGUAAUGCUAAUGGUGCGAAUGAGGCUGUGCUUAUGAGGAAGGGGAACUGGUAGGAUAGAGGUCGUAUGAUAUCAUG